AUAAAAUUCAAGGACCGUUAAGUAAGGAACAAGUAACUCAAUGGCAAGAAAGGGGAUAUGUAGUCGUCUCUGGUCUUCUGGAGCCAGCUCUUGUAGAAUCAUGUAAACAGAUAAUGCUGGACACAUUCAAGGACAGUGUCAGCAGAGAUUUUGGAUCGGAUGGGAAAUGUGAAUUUCCAACUAGUAAUGACCUGGAUGAUGUCACCACUCACGAAAAGUUGAUUGAUGCUGUAUCACAGUUGCUGGGAACUCCUGAUAUUCUCCUUGCACAAAGUGAUGGGUGGUGUAAAGCGGGACACAGUGAUUUUGGCGCACAGCAGAACAAUGAUCAGAGGUUCCACAUGGACUAUGGCAAUAACACUUUCCUACAUCCAACACCUUGGAACCAGCCUGAAAAUGUGGCGGCUAUUGCUUACCUUGCAGAUACUGAGAUAACUGGCGGAGGAACUGCAGUAUGUUUUAGAGAAGGUGAAGAUGAUGAACUGUACAAACCCCCCUACAUUAACAUGCCAGGAAUCGGUGGACACUGGGAGUUUUACAAUGAUCGGAGUCAUACAGAAAGAUACUUUGAAGAAAAACACCCACAAAUUGCACAAUUCAGGAAAAAGAUUUAUGACAGGGAGGUAAUACCAAUUUAUAAGCCUGGAGAUGUUUUGCUAUACAGAUACGACGUCUGGCACCGAGGAACACCUGUUAAUGUAGGACACAAACGCAGUGUUAUCAAUAUAGCAUGGAAGAAGAGAGACAGUUUUUGGCACUUAACCUGGAACCCUGCUUGGUCAAAAUGGAAUUAUUAUGGUAAGGUAGAAAGUGUGCUCAUGAAGUUGUCACCAAAACAGAGAGCACUGCUUGGCAUUCCAAAACCUGGUCAUGAGUACUGGAACGAAGAUAACAUCAAAUGGUUUGGUGCAAGGUAUCCCGGACUUGAUAUAAGACCUUACAUGCAGGCUCUCAAACUUUAGAUAUUUUUGGAUUAAAUCUUCAAAGUUUUGAUUUUUCAUGACAAAGGUUGUUUGAUGAUUUAUAUACAGAGAACGUGAAUUGAAGAUCAUUGACGAUUACUUAAAUUGAUUGACAUUAGUAUAAAUGAACUCUAAAAACUAUGACUUAUAUUAUUUCAAUCUUUCCUGAUACUGAUAAUUCUGAAA